CCUUCGUUUGCUAUCAAAUCUCAUUUCCUUUAUCAAACCAAACAUGUAAGAUUGAUAACUAUUUCGUUUCCUGUCCUCCCAAAUCUCCCCCGACCAAACAAAGAGUUAAGCUUAAGAGCAACCCAGGCAAAACCUCUAAAUCUCUAAUCCUCAUCAAUGGCGGAAGAAACUUCUGUUCCCGAAAACCGCGAAGAUACCUCUGUUCCCGUUAAUCGCGAAGAUUUUGGGAAGUUGCAAUUCGGUUGCGACCAUUACAAGAGGCGAUGCAGAAUUCGAGCACCUUGUUGCAAUCGUGUUUUCACCUGCCGUCAUUGCCACAACGAAGCUGUGAACUCUUUGAGCAAUGUUAAGGAGCAUCACGAGCUUGUUCGCCGUGAUAUUAAACAAGUUAUUUGUGCAGUUUGUGAUACUGAGCAACCGGUAGCAAAGGUUUGCAGUAGUUGUGGUGUUAACAUGGGUGAGUAUUUCUGUGAGGUGUGCAGGUUCUAUGAUGAUCAGAUUGAGAAAGAACAAUUUCAUUGUAUUGAGUGUGGAAUUUGUAGGGUCGGUGGUCGUGAUAAGUUCUUUCACUGCCCAAAGUGCGGGUCUUGCUAUUCGGUGGGCCUACAUGACAACCACGAAUGCGUGGAAGACUCCAUGAAGAAUUUUUGUCCUAUCUGCUAUGAGUAUCUUUUUGACUCGACUAAAGGCACAAUAGUUAUGAGAUGUGGACAUACGAUACACACGGAAUGCUACGAAGAUAUGUUAAAACAGCAGCAGUAUCGAUGCCCCAUAUGCUCCAAGUCGACUAUAGACAUGACUAGAAGCUGGGAAAUAUUGAGUGAGGAGAUUGAAGCUACUACCAUGCCUGAUGAGUACCGAUAUGAGGUGUCAAUCCUAUGCAACGAUUGCAGUGGUACAAGUAGAGUAAAAUUCCACAUAUUUGGGCACAAGUGCAGCCAAUGCAAUUCAUAUAAUACUCGUGUAACGCAAAAUCAAGGUCUUCAGCAGGAUCCAUCGUCAGGUUGCUGAUUCUUUUGUCUGCUUUAAGUUGCAGCACACAUUUAAGCACAUCUAAUUUGGCUUCGAUCUGAAUGUAAUAUUGUAACUUUGUGUUCUGAAAGGCGUUGAUGUUGCCCGUUUGUGAUAUCAACCAUUUGUUUGCUGGAAAGUUCUCAUCAGCUAGAACUUUACUAUUAGGCAUACAGUUUUGUAGUUCAUAUAUAUGGCAGCCAUUCUUUUUGUAUAAGUGCAUUGGGCGAUUGAACAAGAUAAACAAAGUCAUGGACUCUUUUUGCUUA